UGUCCAGUUUUCUAGAUUGUUACAUAUCAUCGGUGCCUUAUUUCAUUUCCUCUGUUUUAUCUUUCUUAUUCUGUUGUUCCUUUGGAUAUUGCGCGUGAGUUCGGGUUGUCUUCUUUUUCCUUAUUCACAUCGUCACACAAUCUAUUGCAGUUCCCGCCGUGCCCAGCUACGCUUGCGUUCGUACUUCCUCCUUACUUUCAAAUCAUAAAUCAUCUCAACCUUUUUUCGGUGGCAGAAAAAAAACUAGGACUUAAGUUCUGCGGCUGAAUAAUUUCUGGACCAACACGUUACUCCUUUAUUUUUAUAACAUUACUUUGUGCUGUGUUAUCAUUUCGACGUCCAACAAGGAGCGGACCGACAGUGGGAAUCUUGAAAAUGUCGUUCCUUAACAAGAAUUCGCGGAAACGGUCGGUGCUGGUGGUCAUCAUUCUCUUGUCUGUAAUGUUCAUGGUAUUUCAGGCCAUUCCAUAUGAGCAUCGCACGUUUUCCAUUCCAGACGUCAUCCUGCGCAAAGAGACUGAACCGACAACGACCACCGUCAAGGAUCCGGAACCUUCGGCGACGCCGGCUUUGGAAAAUCAAGAGAAAUUUCUGACCUACUUACCGUAUUCCCGCUUUUCCAAUCAACGAAGUACACUGCUCAACGCCGCGCUACUAGCAAAGUAUCUCAACCGUACGUUGAUCGUACCGCCUAUGUUCUUGGGCUACGCCAACGGCUGGUCUCCCGCCCCAGGCUUAUACGAAGUCUUGAGCAACAUGACCGAUUCCCAUUUUCAAGACAUAUGCUUUGACGAAAAUCAAAACGAAAUAUAUUACGAACCCGUGAUACUUCAGGAAGGCGAACCACCCGCCUUUGGUUGCUACAAUUUUACGACAUAUGUUAUCACACCUUGGAGCUGGGCAACGGAUUUGAAUCGGUUAUCAUUGAGCGAAGACGAAGGCGGUCUCGGAAUCAACAUUAUAGAACGACAGGAUAUGUCCCUGAGCUCAUUAAAAAAGCAACUAAACUUGCAUGACGACGAUCUUUAUCUGAUGGAAGAUUCGACACGUUAUCAAUGGCAUAUUGUAGACGAUACUAGCCAUCCUCCUAAUCCACGUUAUCAGCAAGAAGUCUCCAUCAAGGAAUUAUCGGGUAUUCGAGAGCGGUUGUUGCAUUUUUACGGCAUUUUCGGAUACGAUCGUCUUUUGCUGAGUUCCAGCGACAGCGAGGAAUACCGCCUUCGUAUACAGCAGGCAUUGAUCUUUCGACAUCCGGCUAUUACCGACGCGUCGGCCUUUAUCCUUGGCCAGCUCCUCGACAGCAUCGAUAAGAAUGAAAAGGAGCUAAUGCCCUUGGAUCCACAUGAAGCGCGCAAGAAGGAAAAAUCAACCGGUCACUUUGAUCCUCCGCGAUUCGUCGCGGCUCACAUUCGUGCCGGUGACGGCGUGUUCCUAAAAGGACUCAAAGACCGAAUUCCGGAAUUUGUGCAUCAGAUUUGGGAUAUCAUGAAGGGAAACGAAACCACUUUGGAUGAUCUCAUCGGAGCCACCAACAACAAGACCGCGAUAAAGGAACACAAACUGUUGCAUGCCAAUCAACCUCUCCCCAAAGCGCCUCGAAGAAUCCGUGAUCGUCUUGGAGCCUUGUCCUUAUCUGAUCGUCUUGAGGCAUGUGGACAAUUGAAUCAAAUGCUUCUCUAUGUAGCCACGGAUGCGCCGUCGCCCCGAGACAAUAAGGACCUUCAGCCUCUCUUGGAUGCUUUUCCAUGCACCUACUUCAUGGCCGAUUUUUCCGAUAAUUGGCGUGAACCCCUACUCAAUCUCCGGUCUCCCCUUGACCCGUUUAAAGAUCUUAGCGAACAUCUGGUCAUGUUCGUGGAUGCGACUGUAUGUGCGUGGGCAGAAAGAUUUAUCGGGACGCGAACUUCCACGUUUUCAGUAAGUGCAUUACUCGGGUAGCAUCAAAUGCCAACGGAUGGAUUCUCAUGAGAAAUCAUAGAACUACAUUAAGCAGUAUCGACAUGCUAUCGUCGAUGAAAUCAUAGACGGUC